AUGGCCAAAGAGAACCUAAACAACGUUCUCGUCACUGGAGGCGAUAGCUUCAUCGGCUAUCACAUCGUCUCCAAGAUCGUGCAAACAAACCCUACGUGCAAAAUAUCCGUCCUCGACCUCCCUACCUCUCUCCCACGGUUCCCUUCAGUCCAGUAUCACGACAUUGACAUCUGUGACAAGCCGUCCGUCCUCGCCGCGAUCAAGCAAAUCCAGCCCCAGGUCAUCUUCCACGCAGCCUGCACCUACUCCCUCUCGCUACCAGCCGAAACACACACCAGAAUCAACCUCCACGGAACUCUCAACGUCCUUGAAGCAACCCAGUCCGUGGGAACAGUGAAAGCGCUCGUUUUCCAUUCUAGCACAUCAGUCAUUGAAGACGGGUCAUCCCCAGUCAUAAACGCUACGGAAGAACUUCCCGUUCUUGUCGCCCCAGAGCAAAAGUUUCCGUACCCGCUCUCCAAAGCUCUUGCCGAGCAAGCAGUCCUUAGUGCGAACCGAAAACAUGGCAUGGUGACCGUUUCACUCCGCCCAGCGAGCUGCUUUGGCGAAGCCAAUGAGGAAAUGAUUGAGAAGUUGAUUGGUGUGGCGAGAAGUGGGAGAGGGAAUAUCCAGAUGGGAGAUGGAACCAAUCUGUACGAUUUUGUGUAUGUGGAAAAUGUAGCCGAUGCACAUCUACUUGCUGCAAAGGCUUUACUUCGAGCUGUGAAUCAACCACCGGCAGAGGAGCAAAGAGUGGAUGGGGAAGCAUUCCACCUCACGAAUGACGAGCCUUGGCUUUUCUGGGAUUUCACGAGGGAGGUUGCGAAGCAGGCCGGGUAUGAGGUGAAGAAAGGAGAUAUCAAAGUUGUUCCGAGGUGGGUGGGGAUGUCAAUGGCCUUCCUUGCAGAGUGGAGUGUUUGGAUCGUUAGCGGAGGGAAGGAGCCGGGUCUGACGAGGUAUGGGGUAAGGUAUAGUUGUUUUACCAGGACUAUAAGUUGUGAGAAGGCGAAGAGGAGACUGGGAUACAGGCCUGCUAUCAGUAUGCAGGUGGGGAUUGAAAGAAGUGUCAAGUGGUUCCUGGUAAGUAAGAAAGAUUCACUGAAGAUAUGA